GGUCGGAAAGCACUGCGCUGCGAGCUGUUGGUUUCUUCGUGGGAGCGAGUGGCUGCGAUGUCUGGCCGCGGGAAGCAGGGCGGGAAGGCGCGCGCCAAGGCCAAGUCGCGCUCGUCGCGGGCCGGGCUGCAGUUCCCCGUGGGCCGCGUGCACCGGCUGCUGCGCAAGGGCAACUACGCGGAGCGGGUGGGCGCCGGCGCCCCGGUGUACCUGGCGGCCGUGCUGGAGUACCUGACGGCCGAGAUCCUGGAGUUGGCGGGCAACGCGGCCCGCGACAACAAGAAGACGCGCAUCAUCCCCCGCCACCUGCAGCUGGCUAUCCGCAACGACGAGGAGCUCAACAAGCUGCUGGGCAAGGUCACCAUCGCACAGGGUGGGGUGCUGCCCAACAUCCAGGCCGUGCUUCUGCCCAAGAAGACUGACAGCCACAAGGCUAAGGCCAAGUGAGCACAACUUAUGACAAAUCCAGACGCAAGCACAAAAGGCUCUUUUCAGAGCCACCCACUUUUUCCUUAAGAGAGUUGAUGCACUUUUUCCAGUUCUUAUCUUUCCUGUGGGCGUUGAUUGGACGCACGUUACGUUUUCCCUUUAGCGUGCAGCCCUUUACAAACGUCCGCCGGCUCUGAUGCAAAGCCGCGCGCAGCUCUCUUUGCCGGUCAGUGCUGGCGGCGCACUUACGCCGCGGUGUGCGCUCUAGUCCUCCAUCGGCAGUGGCUGCUCAGGCGGAGUUGUACCGCCGCUAUCCGGGAGCUGCGCUUUAACAGGCAGAAAGGGCGGUGCUUCCUGGCAGAGUGGGCCGUGGGUUUUUCGUUUCUACCUGUGGUAUCUAAGAGCUGCUAUUGGUCUGUCUGCCUCCAUGAGGCUGUCUUUCGAGUGAAUCUUUCUGGUCGAUUCUAUUAGCCUUUUAGGGAACCUCAAAAUUUGUUUUUCACUAUUGCUUUUUCUUAGUUCAUAAUUUGCAGUCAGUAUUUGCUAUCCUAAACCUGAAGCAGAAUUUAUAUCAUUUCUUCUAUGAGGCUUUGCAUGACAUGAGGUAAUCUUGUAGGAUUUGAGCUGCAUCAACCUCUGUUUUUUCCUGUGGGAACUGAACUUGUGUGACACCCACGUGACGAUUUUGCUUCUGGGAGAUUUGUAUCAGUGAUUUCAAACAGCAGCAUCUGAAAGUUUGAGUAUGAAAUUGGUGUGGACAAAUAGACCUCUCUGAGCCAGCUCAGCCCAAGUGCCUGUUUGCUAUGAUGCUGAGUUGAGUGGUUGUGUGUUGGGAUCAAAUAAAGAAGCAGACUACUUUUAAAAAAAAAAAAAAAAAAGUAUAUAGAAAGACUUGAUGUAUCGUUCCUAUAGUAAUGUCCUCUUUUGUGUGUGUUUCUGCAGAGUGACUUAAAAAAGCAAGUCUUACUGUGUCCCAAGGGUAAAAGGCAAAGGAACUGUUUCACAGCUGAGGCUGUUGGGGGAGCAGAAGCUGCAGCUUGCUGCCAAAUGAGCAGUGGGUGCAGUGCACAUAGGAGAGGUGUAUGUUUCUUCACGUCUCUGAUGCUGUACAACAGCAGCACAGGUUCUCCUGCUCUCUCUGUAGUUCAAUGUUCAUCCAUAAUUCCGUGGCCUUUGCUUCUUUUCAGUACUGUUCAAGAGUCUUUCAAGACUAAAAUCUACAGGUGACACAAACAGUGGUACAAACAGUUGUGGAUUCUGCUGGUGAUAAGAAUUCUGAGCUGUCUUGCUAUUCCUCUCAUAUAUAAACUCCUUGUUCUCUCCAGUUUUAAAAUGAGUAUAUGUGCAGAAUUGCUACCAGAGUAAUUUUGUUAAAAGGAAAUGGAAUUAACUUUUUAGUUAAAGGUCAGCAUCAUGAGUGAGUACUUUUGAAACCAUUCUGAGAGUGGCAUCAGGAAAGGCCACAAAGUACAGCAAGUUACUUGCAGCCAUCAAAAAUAAAUAUAUUGAAAACUAAUAAAACAAGAAGUACUGCACCGUGUGAGUUCCAGAGGGUGCUUUGUGGCUGUGUAGGCCUCUGGUUUUGUGACCCAGUCCUGAGGAAACUGGACACUGCUGCUCUUUGUCAUGUUUCUUUUCCUAUCCCAUGUGUGUGAGCUGGGCAGGGAGAAGGGUUUUUUCAGUGGGAUUCCCUCUUCCUAUUAUUUAUGCUUUCAUAAUGCAGUUUAUUUUCAAAUAUACUCUUUUGUAAUCAAACUGGAAAAUAAAGAUGGGAGUUGCUUAACAUAACAAUAAUUUGAAUAAUUUGCACUGUGUUUAAUAAUAAGUAAUUUCUGGCAACUUGGAAAAUAAUAUGAGCUGAGAAGUGAGUGAGCAAAUACUGACUCAAACCAACCAACCAGGAAGCAGAAUAAAGUAGUUACAGAAGUGUUUUGUUCAGUUUCUCAAUCGGAUCUUUGGCACUGAUCAUUGUGUAUAAUAUCUGAAUCUUCUUCCUGUGUUGUCAGUUAAGCAGAGCAGCAGUUACUGUUACUUGUUCACCCAGAUGCUGCAUUUCAUUUUUGCAAAGAACAGACUGCGUGGUUUUGUUUCAGUUUAACUCGUAAGUGACCGACAAAUAUAAAAUGUACUACAUAUAUGGCUAGGUAAGUAACAUCUUUCCAAAACUGCUUGACUGUAACAGACUAUGGAAAUGAAAAAUAAGAUAAUGGCAGUUUUUAACUGCAUGAAUCAUUCUUUGCUAUACCUUGUGGUUGAUAACACACUACAGGCACAAAGCACAGUGUACAUGAUUGAUUGGUUAAAAUGACAAAUGUGUUCAUGUAAACAAAAAAUAAACCUACUGUGUGUUUCUGUUCACGUGAACGAAGGCAGGUUUUUCAAGGUAGGAACUGACAGUACACAACACACAGUAUCAACAGCCUUUUUGAAGGCUAUGCUUUAUAGCAAUUCCCAGGAUGAUUUAUGUGAACUUGCUCCACUCUCUGGUUCAUAGGAAGCGUUCUCUGAGUAGAAUGUGUUACAGAAGACAAUGGAAACUGCUUUGGAUUUAAUAGUAAAGAACUGUAAAGAAUAUAACAGAUGGUACAAUGCACUAUUGUGUGAUUUUUAUAUUCAUGGUGGUGUUUUCAUUAAUUCCAAAUGUUUGUCAGGUAAAACAUCUGCGAGAUGACUCUGACUGCAGUGCUGUCAGAACCUGUGACCUCCUGUAGACAACUCUGAUGCCCCUCACUUCGUCUUUGCUUCAUCUAGAAACUUGUGUGUACUUCCUUAUCUCCUGUGAUUCAGUGACUCCCCUCCCUUCCUUCCUUCACCCCAUCCUGAUCUUCUCCUUUCAUCUUACAGCUUAAACUGUAGGGCUAACAUUCCCAUGCCUCUAAGAUCCCCUU